AUGUCUGCACGCAACCAUGAUGUGAUUGAAAUGUUUCAUGGCUGGGAGAAAGAGUUUGAAGAUGCCGUCGACAAUGACAAUCGGCUGGUGUUUGUGGCCAGGGUAGUCACCCACAAGGUGCAGCCUUUGUUGAAGGAGGCCAAACAAGAUACUGCUCUGUACAACGCCAUUAGAGAAUACAAAGGCUUCAUAUUGACACUCACCAAGGCAUGGAACCACAAGACGUCCGUGGCCAGGUUUAUCAGGACAGCAGCUGCUGUUAUCUGGAGAGAAACACUGCCUCAAGAGUCUUCUUUGGUGGGGCCCAUAGAAUCAGACCUCAACCCGCCACCCGCUGCCCCAUUGUCACCCUGCGCUGAGAGCCCUGCUGCUCCAGAAAAACCUGUCAACCCACCCCCCACUGAGAGCAUUUGGUCUUCCAGCCCGCCCCAGCCACCAAGACUUGACAAGGGCAAGGAAAAGAUAAAGCCCCGUCCCACCUUUGGCAAGAGGACAGCCAAGGUGAAAGCUGCCUCUUCAAAGUCUACCAAAAAGAUGCAGCCUGCUAUUGACGACAGCCAAUAUGAUGCCAUCGAAAUCAACAGCGAGGAAGAGACAGCCAAGGCUCCUACUAAGCGCAGCAAUCAAGCUGCAAAGAGCAAGGCGAAGAGCAGGAUAAAGGCAGAGAUCAAGAAGACAGCACGGAAAGAGAGUGACAGAGACAGAGACAGAGAAGCCAACGAAGAUGGGGAUAAAGUCGAAGAUGCCCCUGGACCCAUGCUGCAAUGUCAAUGGGUGGCCAAGCCCCUGCCCUACAUUCUAAUUCCUGAUGCUGUCCCUGACCUGCCCAGCACUGGCCAACUCUUGGACGGCCUGACCAACAGUGUCGCAGCAGGUGCAGAAAAUGCCUGCCUCAAGUGGCAAGUACAUGUGCUCAAAGACACGAUCGUCAACCUCCUGCACACCUUCAGCAUGGAGGAGCCCCUGAUCAGUGGGAAAAGGACUGAUGCCAACAAGGACAUCAUGCACACUCUUUUACGAGUAGUGUGA